AUUUUUUAAACAUAUUGCUUAUGUUAUUAAAAGUCUGCCAUGGGCUUCCAGUUUUUAUAUCUUAUCUUAAAAUGAUAGCCAAUCCGAUAAUGUAAUACCACGUUAUUUUCACAUAUCAAACUACAGGUUAUAUUUUUCCAACAUGAAUUAAAGCCACAAAAAUGCUACUUAAAUUUCCUACUAUUCGACGAACAUUCACCUGCAAGCUUUUGUUUGUAUUUUUAUUUAUACUUGGAUUUGUUAUAUAUUUUAAUGUACUAAAUAACCGUCAUAGGAAGGAAAUUGCAAAAUCAGAAGGAUUUAUAUCUAAACAUAAAAUAUUAAGUUCUGACAUAAAAUAUGAGGAAGAGAUUAGACAAGAUGAAAGAAGAAUGGUUCCAGGUUUGGGUGAUAAUGGAGAAGCCGUUAUUUUAUUGGACGAAGAAAAAAUCUUAGGUGAUGAGUCUCUUAAAAAGCAUGCUUUAAACACUUAUUUAAGCAGUAAAAUUAGUUACAACAGAACAACACCUGAUGUUCGAAGUCCUAAAUGUAAAUCCAAGAUAUUUGAUGGUGUUCUUCCAACUGUGAGUGUAAUAAUUAUAUUUCACAAUGAACCAUAUUCAGUAUUAAUGAGAACGAUAUGGAGUGUGUUGAAUACAUCACCUAGCAACAUUUUAAAAGAAAUAAUUUUAGUGGAUGAUGCAAGCACUGAUACAGAAUUGCAAGGCAAACUUAGUUAUUAUAUUAAGACAAGAUUUUCUAAAAAUUUAGUCAAACUUAUUCGAUUAGAAAACAGAUCAGGUCUUAUCCGAGCAAGAUUAGCUGGAGCAAGAUUAGCCCGAGAAGAAGUUAUUAUAUUUCUUGAUGCCCAUUGUGAAGCUGUCACUCAGUGGUUGGAACCUCUAGUUCAUCGGAUUCGAGAAUCCCCAACAAGUGUGCUUGUGCCCAUAAUUGAUGUAAUAGCUUCUGAUACUCUUAAAUACAGCAAUAAUGGAGACUUUUUCCAAGUAGGAGGUUUUUCUUGGAAUGGUCAUUUCACAUGGAUUGACAUUCCUGAUAGAGAAGUAAGACGAAUAAGAAAAUUAGAGAAUAGUAAAAAGAGCAAGUCUGAUGAUCGUCAUGGAAUUACAUCCCCCACUUUUUCUCCAACUAUGGCAGGUGGUCUUCUAGCGAUUUCAAGAAAAUAUUUCUGGGAAAUAGGUUCAUAUGAUGAACAAAUGGAUGGUUGGGGUGGUGAGAACUUAGAAAUGUCUUUUAGAAUUUGGCAAUGUGGGGGUACAAUAGAGACUAUCCCUUGUUCUAGGGUUGGACAUAUAUUUAGAGAUUUUCAUCCUUAUCAAUUUCCAAAUGACAAAGACACGCAUGGAAUAAAUACAGCUCGACUUGCUUUGGUUUGGAUGGAUGAAUAUUCUGAUUUGUAUUUCUUACAUAGACCAGAUUUGCGGUAUCAUCCAGAUAUUGGGGAUUUAACACAUAGAAAAACUUUACGAAAAAAAUUAAAAUGUAAGUCAUUUAAAUGGUAUUUGAAAAAUGUCUAUCCAGAUUUAUUUGUUCCAACAGAGCAUUCGAAAUAUUAUGGUAUGCUGAUGAACAAUGCUAUGCAGUUGUGCUUAGAUAAUUUACAACAUAGUUCUGAUAGCAUAUUUAAAAUGGGUGUUUAUACUUGUCAUAAUACUGUUAAACCUAGUCAGAUGAUUGCUCUAACACACAAAGGAAUUUUAAGAACUUUUGAGAGCUGUGCUAAUAUCAAAAGCAGUGCUGAUGAUAAUGAACAUAAAGUCACAAUGUCUCCCUGCAUGAGUCGUGAUAGAGAUCAAAAAUGGGAGUAUACGAAAGACAAACAAAUUCGAAAUAUAGCUUCAAAUUUAUGCCUUGAUGCCGGACGAUUAAAAUCCCAAGACUUUGUAUAUGCAGCUAAAUGUACCGAUUCAAAAACCCAAAAAUGGGUAUUUGAAUUGACAACUUUAUAAUUUUAUU